AUGGAUGUUGAAACGAUUAAGCAUCACUUUUAUAUGUCUGGAUUUGUUGAUAACUAUUUUAUCUGGAAGCAUCAAGGAGAAAAAGAUGUGAUUGGUGAGAUUUCUUUUGAUCGGGAUUUGAAUGGUGGUGCUACACCUGAAUUCGGAUAUGAUAAUCUAUACCAUCAAAUGAUUUUUUAUGUAGUUGGUCCUAACUUUCCCCAAUGUUCAAGUUGGCAAUCUUUUAGCAAUUUUGAACCUGAGUCGUCUAAUCCUUGUGAACCUUCAAUGGAGGAAGAUCCUAAUCCCGAGUCCCAAAAAUUAUAUGAUUUGCUACAAGCAGCUGAUGCAAAAUUAUAUCCCAUUUCAUCCCUCUCUAAAUUUGCUAAUGUCUCUCGAAUAUACAAACAUCGUGUUGGCUCUCAUAAGAAGAAAUUGAUCCCUUACAAGAAAAUGUAUUAUUUUCCUUUGACUCCUAGAUUGCAAAGAUUGUAUGCAUCCCAUGCUAUAGCUGCCAACAUGAGAUGGCAUCAUCAGCAUACAAAAGAGGAUGGUGUAAUGCGUCAUCCAUCAGACUCUGAGGCUUGGAAGCACUUCAAUGACACUCAUCCUUUUUUUGCUGAUGAACUAAGAAAUGUAAGGAUGGGGUUAUGUACUGAUGGUUUCCAACCAUUUAAUCAGUCUGGGAGCAAAUACUCUUCAUGGCCAGUGAUUGUCACACCUUAUAAUUUACCUCCAGGAAAGUGUAUGAAAGAGGCUUAUACGUUCUUAACAGUCAUUGUUUCGGGGCCAAACAAUCCCAAACAUAAAAUUGAUGUUUAUUUGCAUCCUCUAAUAAAGGAAUUGACUUUGUUAUGGGAGACAGGCGUGGAAGCAUUUGACAUCUCAAAAAAGAUGGAGUACUUCUGGAGAGAUCUUAAGAACUUUCUUAAAGGCAAGACUUUCCAAAGAUCACCACCACCCUAUAGAACAGGAGAGGAAAUAUUGAAUCAAAUUUGUGAUUUGGACAUAAGAAAAGUAACAGAGGUAGAUGCAAAACAAGUCAAUCGAAGAAUAUGUAAGUCUUGUGGGUGGAAAGAGAGAAGCAUCUUUUGGGAUUUGCCUUAUUGGAGAUUUAACAUGAUUCGACAUAAUCUUGAUGUCAUGCAUAUUGAAAAAAAUGUCUUUGAUAAUGUGUUUAACACAGUUCUUAAUUUUGAUGACAAAACCAAAGACAAUCCACAAUCACAUCAAGAUAUGGUAGAGUAUUGUGAUCGACCUCAAUUGGCAAAGGAUAGUAAUGGAAAAUAUCCCAAAGCUGUAUAUACGAUAGACAAGAAAGCAAGACACAUCUUGUUCAAUUGGGUGAAAGGCUUAAAGUUUCCAGAUGGGUAUGUUUCCAAUUUGGGUAGAUGUCCAGACACAAAUGCAAAAAGGAUAUUUGGCAUGAAAAGUCAUGAUUGUCACGUGUUCAUGCAACGACUGUUGCCUAUUGCCUUUCGCGAACUACUUCCUAGUAAUGUGUGGCAAGCACUUACAGAAUUGAGCUUAUUUUUCAAAGAUCUUACUUCUACAACUCUACGAGUUGAUGACAUGGAGAGAUUAGAGAGAGACAUCCCACAAAUCUUGUGCAAGUUAGAACGUAUAUUUCCUCCUGGAUUCUAUGACUCGAUGGAACAUCUUCCUGUACACCUUCCAUAUGAAGCAAGGAUAGCUGGACCUGUACAAUAUCGAUGGAUGUACCCUUUUGAAAGGUAUCUAGGAACUCUUAAAAGGAUGAUUGGAAAUAAAGCUAGUGUUGAGGGUUCCAUUUGUGAAGCGUACUUGAUGACAGAGUCAACACAACUGUUUUCUCAUUAUUUUGAACCUCAUGUCAUGACACGUAAUCAUAACGUGGACUGUAAUGAUGAUGGUGGGGAUAAGGAAGAUAUUGAAGUCCAAUGCAAUCCCAUUGAGAAUGAAUUAUUGCGUAGUCUUGCUCGUGGACCAUUAAUAGAUGCUACAUGUUACUCUACGUAUUUUGUUAAUGGAUACAAAUUUCACAUAGAAUGUCAUGGUAGCACAAGAUCAACAAUGAAUAGUGGAGUUUGCAUCUCGGAUCCAAAUUUUGGUGAUUAUUAUGGACAUAUAAAAGAGAUAAUACAAGUGGAAUAUCGUGAAGCACCUUUAAAGCAAACUGUAUUAUUCAAAUGUGAAUGGUUUGACCCAACUAUGGAUGUUGGUGUUUAA